AAUAUACCCUGUACUGUUAAACUCUAUUAGAAAUAGUAGCCUAUAUGUAGAUGUUCUGGGGGCGUUGCCUCCAGUACCCGUUUCUAUUUGUCUGUAUAUGAAGCGCGCUGCUAACUGUCGAGAGCUGUGAUGACCCUGCUGGAUGAUAGUGAUGCAGGCUGAAUGGAUGAAUGACUGUGAGAUUUGUCAUGUACUGUGAGACAGCCGGGCCAGGCGUGACAGGGUUAACGAAGCGCUGUGAUGCAACUCCGGAGAGUCUUCGCGUAUAAAUGUCCCCGCAAGGCAGUCUUAGAAGUAAUGUUACCUUAUCUGACGCUUCCAACCCAUUCAGCUGUGCCGUGUGGAGCGCCGGUUCUUCCACACUUCCAAUUUCAACUGGAUCUGCUGUUGCCUUUCACUGAUGUCCCGUUAUCUGGUUUGAGUUGAGUCCUGUUUGCACAGAUGCAUUUGAGACUUUUCGCAAUUGUAUUCCUCGUCAACUGUGCAUUUAUGCUAAGCCAACAGACCCCGAGAACGUUGAGUGUCGGUUCUGAUUUGCCUGACGACUGCAAGAGCUGUCUCGAGUGCUCCGGAGACAACGGCUGCCUGAAGUGCCCAGAGAAGCUGUUCCUGUUCAUUCAGAGAGAAGGGAUGCGGCAGCACGGCUUGUGUGUGCAAUCCUGUCCACUGGGGCACUACGGCGUGCGGGGGCAAGAUAUUAACAGAUGCACCAAAUGCAAGACACCAGAUUGUGAGAAUUGUUUCAGCAAGGAUUUCUGCAUCAGGUGUAAAGCUGGAUUCCACCUGUUUAAAGGGAAGUGCCUGAGCAGCUGUCCAGACGGGACUGCCCCCCAUCUCGCAGACUGUAUCGAGGGCUGUGAGUCAGGACAGUGGAGUGAGUGGACAGCGUGCACCAACAAUGGACACCUGUGUGGACACAGAUGGGGGACACAAAGCAGGAGCAAAGAGAUUGUUAGAAAAGAGACGGUUGAGACAGCCUCCUGCCCAGUGCUGUCCGAGACCAAGAGGUGCAGGAUGAAGAAGAGAUGUCCUGGAGUCCACAGAAGAGGAUUUCAAACCGCCCUGCCUCAAGAAUCGGCAGCUUGUUCCAUACUGAAAGGCGUAGAGAAAAAGCCUCUGAAUAAAAAGAAGGGGAAGAAGCAGAGAAACGGCGGGAUAACGGAGCCCCCGGAACAGCCCUAAUGAACCAGCAGACAGGCUGACCCCUAACCCUCACCCUCACCCUCACCCUAACGAACCAGCAGACA